AUGGCUGCUGCUGGGCCGUCAGCUCCUCCCACCGAGGCCACCACCGCCCACCCUGAUCCUGCUCCAACAAACGGCCACGCCAAGCCUGCAACAGAUUCCACAGAGACGACGGAGCCGACUGCUGCUACGGCCACCGAGACCCCGCUCGAACCCAAAGACGAUGACAAGGCGAACGGUGCACCUCCGUCCAACGGCCACGAUGUGCCAGACGGCGAGCUGAAACCCGAACUUCCCCUCCGGCCGUCCUCGAUAGAUGCCAAGGAGAGAGUCAACCCAACCGACCUGUCAGCGCAACCGCCGAACACUACCGCGAUCACGAGGUCGCCCAGGGCCUCAACGACGCAACGCGCUGGCGAUGACGCCAGAGAUGCCUCGAUAGAGAUCGACAACACGAAGCCCGCCGACUUCGAGGGUGAGAUCCAGACCAACAACGACCUCCCUACGCCCGAGACCCUCAAGAAGAUCGAGAACUACGUCGUGCUCGACCGUCAUGGAAAGAGCCAUCCAUUCAAGAGCUUAUACACCGGUCGCAAUGUUGCAAGACGAGUCCUCAUCAUCUUUGUCCGCCACUUCUUCUGCGGCAACUGCCAGGACUUCCUACGCACCCUCUCCGAAUCCAUAACCCCCGACGCUCUGCUCAGCCUCCCAAUGAGCACAUUCAUUGCCGUUAUCGGUUGCGGCAAUCCGGGCUUGAUCGACAUGUACCUCCAGGAAACGGGCUGCCCGUUCCCCGUGUACACCGACCCCACGAGGCGCCUGUUCGACACCCUGGGUAUGACGCGCACUCUUGCGCUGGGUACGCGGCCGGCCUACAUGCGUAAAUCCUUGUUCAAGUCCGCCGCCGAGAGCGUCCUCCAGGGGCUUAAGCAGGUCAAGGCCGGGCUGGCUACCAAGUCCGGCGACCACAGGCAGGUCGGCGGGGAGUUUCUUUUCGAGCCGGUGGAGCUCGGCACCGAGGUCUCGACGCCGUACGCCGAGCGGCAGCUCGAGGAGGCCAUGACCUCGAAGAAGAACAGCAUCGACAACAACCGGGAGGGCAUCGACGGCGAGUGCGAUGACGACUUCGAGCCUGAGCAGAAGAAGGUCACCUGGUGCCACCGCAUGCGCUCCACGCGGGACCACGCCGAGAUACCCGAGCUGAUGGAGGUACUGGGCCUCUCGGGCACCGGGAAGCCCCCCGCGCACGAGAACAAGAGGUGGUCCAAGGCUCUGGAGACGAGGAAGGGCACCGGCCUGAGCAUGGCGAGCCAGAUGAGCAAGGUGAACGAGCAGCAGGAGCGCGCAUAG